CGCCCUCUCUGUCGCACUCUGUUACUUGCUCACCAUCUCGAGAGGUCCCAUCAUAACAUAUCCGAAGCAAAACCACUCCCCAGCUCCCCCCCAGACUCCUAGAUCCUUCCCCUUCUCCUCUCCCCGCUAAAACCCCUCCCCACCACCACCUCCCCUCUUCCCCCAUUACCUUCCCUUCUCUUCCUCCCCCAUUCGAUCCUUCUUUCUCCCUUCUUCUCCCCGAAACGGAACCAAUCUGCUUCCUCUCUCAUCGGACCCCGGCCCUCGAGUCCUCAGGGGAGGCAGAUCCGUUCAAUAAAAUAAGGAGGAAUUCUGCGGGACCCCAACAGAAGAAGGGAGGAAAAGUACCGACAUUUUGAGAGGAUGGCGAGGCAUCUCCAGCACUCCUCGGCGCUCCUCGCGGCGGUGCUCGCGGGGGUGGUGGCCCUGUCCUUCCCGGCGCCGUCGACCGCGAAGCUGGCGCUCGACUACUACCAGAAGACGUGCCCCCGCGUGGUGGAUAUUGUGACGCAGGUGGUGACCAACAAGCAGAUCGCCAAUCCCACCACUGGCGCCGGUACCCUCCGCCUCUUCUUCCACGACUGCUUCGUCGGGGGCUGCGACGCCUCCAUCCUCAUCUCGAGCGGCGCCUUCAGCCGCGCCGAGCGCGAUGCCGACAUCAACCUCUCCCUUCCCGGCGACGGCUUCGACGUGGUGGUCCGCGCCAAGACCCAGCUGGAGAUCCAGUGCCCCGGCGUCGUCUCCUGCGCCGACAUCCUCGCCCUGGCCACCCGCGACCUCGUCACGAUGCUCGGUGGGCCCUUCUACCACGUCCGCCUCGGGCGCAAGGACGCCCUCGCCUCCAAGGCGGACACCGUCGAGGGCCACCUCCCCCGCCCCAACAUGACCGUCUCCCAGAUGAUCUCGAUCUUCGCCGCCAAGGGCUUCACCGUCCAGGAGAUGGUGGCCCUCUCUGGCGCCCACACCGUCGGCUUCUCUCACUGCAAGGAGUUCGCCAACCGGAUCUACAACUACAACAACGGCGGCCCGAACGCGUUCGAUCCCUCGAUAAGCCCCGAAUUCGCCAAGGCGCUGCAGAAGGCGUGCGCCAACUACAUCAAUGACGCGACCAUUUCCACCUUCAACGACAUCAUGACGCCGGGGAAGUUCGACAACAUGUACUUCAAGAACCUUGCCGGGGGAUUGGGGCUUCUGGCUUCAGACCAGAUCCUGAUGUCGGACUGGAGGACGAGGCCCUUCGUCGAGCUCUACGCCGCCAACAACACCGCCUUCUUCAAUGACUUCGUGCACGCCAUGGAGAAGCUGAGCGUGUAUGGGGUCAAGACCGGGAGGAACGGAGAGGUCCGGCGGAGGUGCGACAACUUCAAUAACUAGUAAGUCUGAGAGGAGAUGAGAUGUGGUUAUGGUCGUCGUCAUUUCUUGACGCUGGUAAUUUGGAUUGGAAUAGAUUAUUGGUUGAUGAGAGGCGAGUGCGGUGGAAUUAUGAGUGGGAAGUUGACAUUAAUCUGUUUGUUAUUACCAAAGGAUAUGAGAAUGGGAGAUCAAAAUUCUUUUUUGUUUCUGCAGUUUGUCACCACAUACAAGUCGUAUUUCAUAUUUAUUUGGAUAUAUAAAACCUCGUGAUGAUCAUAGUGUCAGGCAGAUGCCAACCUGUUCAUCUGGUCUGGUCUGGUUAAUAAAAGGUUUGAAUCUUAA